UUAAGUUUACUUUCCUAGCUACUCGACUCUCGACUCUAUCUUCUCAUCUGCAUGAUCCUGAACCAAUUGGGUCUGGAAAACUCUUUUCUUUUCAAACUACGGAGUACCUCACGACUACGGAGUAGUAGGUAGUAUCUAUUUCCCUCCUCCUCCCUCCUCAACUACUCAUCAUAAAUCCGCCCACAGCAACACAGCUGGUGGGCAUCGUCAUCACGUCUCCUUCACAGCCGGGCGUCCUGCUGUUACUUUCACUCCGCUUCCAUCGCUCCGCAGCUGGUCCUGCUUUGGCCUCGCGCCUGAUCCAAUCUCAGUCUCUGUUCCUUAACCCCUCCUCCUCUUCCGUCUCUUUUACUUCCACUUCCCCCUCCCCCUCCUCUUCUUUCUUCCCCUCCUUCUCUUCCCGCCGGUCCUACUCCAGCAAGAAGAAGAAAUCCUCCAAAAUGCCCCCCAAGAAGGCUGUUGUGCAAGAGAAGGUCCUGUUGGGCCGCCCAGGAAAUAACCUGAAGAGUGGUAUCGUUGGUCUGGCCAAUGUCGGCAAGUCCACUCUUUUCCAGGCUAUCACGAAGUCCACGCUGGGUAACCCCGCCAACUUCCCCUAUGCCACCAUCGACCCCGAAGAGGCUCGUGUCAUUGUCCCCGAUGACCGCUUCGACUGGCUGUGCGAGCACUACAAGCCCAAGUCGCAGGUGCCUGCCAACUUGACCGUGUAUGAUAUUGCCGGUCUGACCCGCGGUGCCUCCACUGGUGCUGGUCUCGGUAACUCGUUCUUGUCCCACAUCCGUGCUGUCGAUGCCAUCUUCCAGGUGGUGCGCUGCUUCGACGAUGCGGAGAUCAUCCACGUCGAGGGUGACGUCGACCCCGUCCGUGACUUGAACAUCAUCAGCGAGGAGCUGCGCGUCAAGGAUAUUGAGUUCGUCGAGAAGGCUCUCGAGGCUCUCCAGAAGCAGACUAAGCGUGGUGGUCAGACUCUGGAGAUGAAGAAGCUGCGCGAGGAGGAGGGCACUGUUGCCAAGGUCCUCGAGUGGCUGCGCGAGGGUAAGGACGUGAGAAAGGGCGAAUGGGGCCCCAAGGAGGUCGAGACCAUCAACCCUCUCAUGUUGCUGACGGCUAAGCCCGUCGUCUACUUGGUUAACCUGAGUGAGAAGGACUACAUCCGCCAGAAGAACAAGUACCUGCCUAAGGUGUUCGAGUGGAUCAAGACCAACUCUACGGGUGACCCCCUGAUCCCCAUCUCUGUCUCCUUCGAGGAGCGCCUGACCCGCUUUGAGGACGAGGCUGCCGCCCUCGAGGAGUGCAAGAGCCUGAACACCAAGUCCGCGCUGCCCAAGGUGAUCACCACCAUGCGUCAGUCAUUGAACUUGGCCAGUUUCUUCACCACCGGUGUCGACGAGGUCCGCCAAUGGACCAUUCGCAAGGGCAUCAAGGCCCCUGCCGCGGCUGGUGUCAUCCACACCGACUUUGAGAAGACCUUCAUCCAGGCCAUCGUGUACAAUUACUCGACCCUGCGUGAGUACGGCGACGAAGCCGCCGUUAAGGCCGCCGGCAAGAUCAUGACCAAGGGCAAGGAUUACGUCGUCGAGGACGGUGAUAUUCUGCUGAUCAAGGCCGGUGCUGCUCGCAGCUAGAUGUAGGUUAAAAUGACUAGCAAUUAAAAAUCAAUUGUCGUG